AUCCACAGUCUUGUCUCCUUGACCGUCAAGCAGCAGAUAAACACCCAAACCCCCCAUGCUUUUCACUCUCUCAUGACCUCAGCCUAGUCAGAUCAAACGACCCCGUUUCACUCCCCUACCAAUACACACACACUCUUCUAGAGAGAGAAACCCACUGUCUUGUUUGUUUGGUGCUGAAAUCUAGAGAGAGAGACAAGAUGGAAGAGGAACAAGAAGUGCUGGGCUCAAGCUUGACAAUGGAGAAAGUGGCUGCUGCUAAACAGUACAUUGAGAAUCAUUAUAAGGCCCAGAUGAAGAAUAUUCAAGAAAGGAAAGAAAGGAGAUGGAUGCUUGAAAGAAACUUAGCUUCUUCAGAUGUGCCUGUGGAGGAGCAGAAAAAUCUGAUCAAAGAUUUGGAACGAAAGGAGACAGAAUUUAUAAGACUAAAAAGGCAGAAGACAUGUGUUGAAGAUUUUGAUCUUUUGACCAUCAUUGGGAGAGGAGCCUUUGGCGAGGUUCGAUUAUGCCGGGAGAAGAAAUCGGGCAUCAUAUAUGCAAUGAAGAAACUGAAGAAGACUGAAAUGGUGAAAAGGGGACAGGUGGAACAUGUCAGAUCUGAGAGGAACUUGCUGGCAGAAGUUGCCAGUAACUUCAUAGUAAAGCUAUACUACUCAUUCCAAGACGACGACUACUUAUAUCUAAUAAUGGAAUACCUUCCCGGUGGUGAUAUGAUGACUUUGCUGAUGAGAGAAGACACACUUACCGAAGGCGUGGCAAAGUUUUACAUAGCUCAAACUGUCCUGGCCAUCGAGUCCAUUCACAAACAUAAUUACAUCCAUAGGGAUAUUAAACCAGAUAACCUUCUUCUUGAUAAGAAUGGGCACAUGAAACUCUCAGAUUUUGGUCUUUCUAAGCCUCUGGAAUGUAGAGCUUUAUCCACACUGAAUGAGAAUGAACCCAUGUAUGAUGAGAAUUUAAGAGAUCCAAUGGAUAUUGAUGGCUCAAUUCCUAAUACAGAUAACGGAAGUAGAUGGAGAAGCCCUCAAGAGCAGCUCCAGCAUUGGCAGAUGAACAGGAGGAAGCUGGCAUAUUCUACAGUUGGAACACCAGACUACAUUGCUCCUGAGGUGCUACUUAAGAGAGGAUAUGCCAUGGAGUGUGAUUGGUGGUCUUUAGGUGCAAUAAUGUAUGAGAUGCUUGUGGGUUAUCCCCCAUUUUAUUCUGAUGAUCCUGCAUCCACUUGCAGAAAGAUUGUUCACUGGAGAACUUACCUGAAAUUUCCAGAAGAUGCAAAAUUGUCACAUGAGGCUAAGGAUCUAAUUUGUAGAUUGCUGUGUGAUGUUGAACAUAGGCUGGGUACUGGUGGUGCACACCAAAUUAAGGCCCACCCUUGGUUCAAGGACGUGUUAUGGGAUAAACUUUAUGAGAUGGAGGCAGCAUUUAAACCAGAAGUCAACGGGGAGCUGGACACCCAGAAUUUCAUGAAGUUUGAUGAAUUGAUACCUCCAGCUCCAGCAAGAACAAGCUCAGGACCCACACGGAAGAUUCCAUCAACUCCAAAAGACUUAAGUUUCGUGGGGUAUACUUACAAGAACUUUGAUGCUGUCAAGGCAUUACGAAAUUCUUCUGAUUUUAUGAGUGCACCACCAGAGCAGCCAGUCAUCGAUUCAAUACAUGGCAAUUCUACUGUUGAUCACACAAUCAAGUGGAAAGUAGAGGAACCUGAUGUGCAGAUGUUGGCCACUACAUCUGGUGCAAUGUCACCGUAAUGUGACUCAUACAUGCUAAAUGAUUAAAGCCUUUGAAAGAAACCAUGACUCCAUGAGCCUCAUAAGUCUGUUUAUUCAGGUCAUUACCGUCAUCUUUGUACAGUGCUGUUUGAAAACUUCAUAAAGGCCUAAUGAUGUGUAAACUGAUAGGAAUCGUUCUCUCCCAGUAGAAGAGUUUUGCGUUAACAGUUUACUUACAGGUCAAUGGUAGUCGGUGACCUGGCUGCCCAGGAUGGCAAUAUAUAAAACUUGCCAUCUCUUGUGGCAGUUUCUGGUCAAAAUGUUUACUCAAAGUUAAACUCGGUCUUCUCUGUAGUUUUUAUGUUGAAUGCUCGCUCGUUAAUGUUCUAAUCUCUGCUCUUAGUUGGAUAAUGCUUAUAGUAGAAGUUUCUUAACUUAA